AUGGCAACUUGCAAAUACAGUUUCAAUGCUCUGCGGCGAGCAUCAUCAUCAUCAGCUGCUGUUGCGUCGACUGUGAAUCAAAGAAGUGUUCCUCAAACGAAAACAGGUCAAUUUGGAGUUCCACAACGGAUAAAUUUGCCAAAAGAAAGUAUCAAUGUAACGAAAUUACCCAAUGGAUUGGUUGUGGCUUCCAUGGAAAAUAAUUCACCAAUUUUUCGUGUUGCAGCUGUUGUUGAUGCCGGAGCGAAAUAUGAACCAUAUGAAAGCCGUGGCGUUACAACACUUCUUCGAGUUUUUUCGAAUUUGAGCACGAAAUAUGUUAGUCGACUUGGCUUAACAAAAAAUUUAGAACGUUUAGGUGCAAAUUUCAAAUGUGUACAAACACGAGAACAAAUGAUUUACUCAGUUGAAGGUCUCCGAAGUGAAUUAACACAUGGAGCUCAAUUUUUGGUUCCUGUUGUUUGUUAUCCAAUGUUUAAACCCUAUGAAAUUCAUGAUGAACAUGAUCGAGUUGAACUUGAUCAUAAACUUUACUUACAAUCACCUGAAUUACAAUUAAAUGAUUUACUACAUGAAGCAGCGUUCAAAGGUGGUUUAAGUCGAUCAUUAUCAGUUAGUCCCGAUAUGAUGAAAAAAUUGUCACAUAGACAAAUGUAUGCGUUUCAUUCGCAUUAUUAUACUCCAGAACGAAUAUCUUUAGUUGGAACUGGUUGUAAUCAUCAAACACUAGUUCAAUUAGCGGAUAAAUUUCGUUUUUCGCCACUUGAUUGUGUUUAUACACCAGGUUUUGGGAAUCUUAAAUUAAUUGAUUCCGAACCUGAACCAUCGAAAUAUAAAGGAGGAGAACUUCGACAUGAUACUCAAUCAAGUUUAGUUCAUAUUGCAUUAGCUUGUGAAGGAGUUAGUUCCAAGGAUGAAAAGGGCAUUUUAACAAGUUCAUUAUUAAAUGAAGCUAUGGGAACAGGUCCAAAUAUAAAAUGGUCAGCAGGAUCCAAUCGACUUCAACGUGCAGCACAAGCUGUUACUGAUGCACCUUGUUUAGCUUCAUCAUUCAAUCUUAAUUAUAACGAAUCAGGUUUAUUUGGCGCUCAUAUCAUGUGUAAUAAAAAUGAUGCAAAUAAAGUUACUAAGGCAGUUUGGAACGAAUUCAGUAAAGUUUUAAAAAAUGGUAUUAGCAAAGAAGAAUUUAAUCUUGCCAAGAAGAAACUUCAAGUAAAUCUUCAAAUGACAGCUGAACAAUCUUCAGAUGUUUUUUCAAAAAUGUUAACUCGACCUGAUGUUAGUGAUCGAUUAACUGAUGUUCAAUUGGUUGUUUCACAAUUGGAACAAGGUGAUUUCUCAAAUGAUUCAAUAAAUCAAUUUGCAAAGAAAAUGUUAAGUGGAAAACAACCAACAUUAGUUUCACUUGGAAAUCUUAAUUCAAUGCCAUAUCUUGAUGAUUUACGAGCAUAA